AUGUCAAGCUUGUGGACCCAAGCAUUGAAUCUAUUCAUUGAGUAUCUUGGAACCGACGGCAUUGAUGCACUUGGUCAGUCAAUAGCCUUCUCUCGUGAAGCCUUGGCGAGCACAGUGUCUUCCGCACGCGUGUAUUGUCUUUACCAUCUAGCAAGAUGUCUUUCCUUGCGAUUUGACCAUAUCCAUGAGAUUGAUGAUGUUUCCGAAGCCAUUCGAUACCUUGAAGAGGCAGAUGCCAUACCACAGGAGCCUUCGGAACAUGCUGUCAUUUUGCAAGUCCUGGCCAGAACCCUUGGUGAUCGUUACCAAGCGAGUGGGGAUGAACACGACUUUGAUCGUGCCAUUAAGGUCGGAAAUCGAGGCUUGGAUCUCGGUAUCUCAGAUACUUCGCGUGUUAUGUGUUUAUACACACUGAGCCAGACUUACGGCUUUCGCUUCUCCAAAGCCAAAGUUUUGAGCGACCUAAGCCUUGCAAUCCAACUAGGGGAACAGGCCCUAGAACAUUCAACAAAAGGUCAUCCUAAGAGAAGCAUGGUUCUGGGAAGUUUAGCGUGUUUAUGUACUGCCAGAUUUCAUAGACUACGGGAAUUCAAGGAUAUAGACAACGCCGUUGCCUAUGCAUCAGAAGCACUUGAGAUCAAUGAAGAUCCAGAACUGGAUGAAGUGUUCUGCAUGCACAUGAGCGAUGCGCUGGGCAGCCGUUUUGAAAUAUCCGAAUCUCCGGAUGACCUCCAGAACGCCAUAGAUUUCGCAAGACAAGCGGUGGAAAUGACCCCUCAGGAAGACAAACAAUUGCUGGCAGAUCGAUGCCACAACCUCAGUACGCUUCUUUAUGAUCGAUCUGGCUGGUUCAACAAUGGAGCCGAUCUUGAAGAAGCAAUCAGACUUGAAGAGGGAUCUAUACCUGCUAUCGAACAUGACGAAUCCAGACUGGUGACCGCUUUAGACCACCUGGGAGAGUUGUUGGACGCGAAGUCAGACUUUCGACAAGAUACUUCCUACUUGAGUCGAGCCAUCCAAUUGGCCGAGGAUGUCCUCAAGCAUACCUCAGGUCAAGAUGAUGAGGAUCGUGCACUUUACUUCUAUCACAUGGCACAUCGACUCUCCACCCGAUACGGGGUUUUUGGAAACAUCGACGACCUGCAACAUGCGAUCGAGAUGAUGGAGAGGGCACGCCAAGCAACAAUGGAUGAUGACUUACAACUCCUUGACAUGACUAUUGAUCUCAGUGAUCUUUUGCAUAAAAGAUACCUUCACUUGGGACUUAGCAAUGAUCUCGCUGUUGGAGUCGCACUUACCCAAUGGAUAUUGGACGACAAGUACACCGAGAGACUGACGAAACAAGACGAUUUGUGUAAGCUCAGUCGCCAUUUUUGUGACCGGUAUGAGGUGACGAGGUCACUCGGAGACAUUGAAACAUCCAUCCAAUUCGCCGAAAAAGCUGUGAACUUGGCUGGUGUGGAUCAUCCGCUCCGUCCCUACUCGCUUUUACAGCUGAGCCGUGCUCUACAGACUCGGUUUAACGCCCUGGGCUCUCUACCAUGUCUAGAACGUUCGAUCGAAAUCAUCAAAGAAGGGCUGGACUCCGUUUCAGACGAUGAGAUUGCCACAGCAAGCUUACAAUAUGCUUUGAGCCAGCAGCUUUUGGAAAGGUACGAACAUCUUGGAUCACUAAUUGAUCUGAAUCAAUCUCUGUAUUUGCUGCAAGAAUGCAAGGAACACACACCCAAAGAUCAUCCAGACCAAAUGGCUUGUCUCUAUGCCCUAGGAGCUGGGCAGGGCUAUUAUUUUGACAGAUCAAAUGACAUGUCUGACUUGGACAAAGCAAUUGAUCUUACAAAUCAAGCACUGGCGCUGGCUCCUAGUCAUGGCAUGACAAGAGCCAGCAUUCUCCAGAGUCUGGGCAUGCUCUAUGAGUCCCGCUUCAAAAAAAAGAAUUCGAUGGACAACCUACACCGAGCCGUUGAAGUAGCUCGUGAGGCCCUUCAAGAAGUACCGGAAGACUAUCCAGGGAGGAACGGCUUCUUGAGUAGCCUCGGUGAUUUGCUGUGUCUUUACCCAGUGACGGGCCCUCAGCCAUUUGAAUUCUCCUCCCUUGAUCGCAUCAUAGCGGGGCGAAAGGCCUUUGAAAUUUAUGUCACUGCACAAAAGUGGGACCACGCUGUGCAAGUAGCAAGAGAGGUCAACCAGCUUUUCCCAUUGUUUGUUCCACGUUGGUUAAGUCGUGAUGAUCAACAACACGCUUUGAAAAAUAUUACCAGCUUCACUUCGCAGGCUGCUUCUGCGAUUCUCCAUGCGGGCGGUACACCUGAAGAGGCACUUCAGAUAUUGGAGGCUGGAAGGGGGGUAAUUUCUGGCCACAGUAUCGAUCUCAAGGUUGAUAUUUCCAAGCUUAAGAGGCAUAAGCCUCCGUUGCACGCCGAGUAUAUUCAACUCCGGCAACAGGUGCUAUUGAACUUUUCUUCAAGUUCUUCGUGGAGUUACAAGGAGCUCCAAAGCAAGGCUCGCCGAUCACGUAUUCUUUUUCCAAUAACAGGCUCUGAUCGAAUGGAGAUCACGAGGAGGCUCGAGAAGUUGGAAUCGACGAUUCGGGCUGAGCCUGGAUUCCAGGACUUCCUCAAGCCUUCAUCUGCUGAAACUUACAUGAGACUCGCAUUGACCGGGCCGAUCGUGGCAUUUAAUGUCACACGGCUGCGGAGCGACGCACUGAUUGUUACAAAUAAACACAUUGAAAGCUUGCACCUACACGAUCUUCAUUAUGACGCCUUGGAAGCCAAUGUCAAACGAGUGAUUGGAGAAGAUCGGCUUUCGCGAGGGUUUGUAGAAACCCGUUCGGCGCGAAACCAAGAACUUCAAGAAAUACUGGCAUGGCUGUGGAAAGUUGCUGUCGGUCCUGUCUUCUAUCAUAUAGGCCUCAUUCAAUCAGAGAAACCUACGGGACCACUUCCUCGCAUCUGUUGGGUCACCAGCGGCCACAUGGGUCUUUUGCCAUUGCAUGCAGCCGGGGACCAGACAACUAAUGCGAUGGACUAUGCUAUAUCCAGUUAUACAACUACCUUUCAAACAUUGGAUUUCUCUCUACAGAGGGCAGGGCAAAGUUCCCGCUCUCAGGACCUCAAGGUCCUCAUGGUCUCUGCGCCCAAUAAGGAAGGCCACAAGCCUCUAAAAACAACCGCAGAGCUUGAUUGGGUAAGGAAAGGACUUCAGCAUAAUACCUCUAUCACGGUCCUCCAUGAGCCACAAUGUGAAACUGUCUUGAAGGAGCUUCCAAAGCACGACUUGAUUCACUUCUCAUGUCAUGGACAAUCGAAUCCAAUCGACCCUUCAGCUAGCACCCUCGAAUUAUCUUCACACAAUGAUGCGCGGGGGUCUUCCCAACUCACAGUACGAGACUUAGCAUCUUUGGAUCAUGAUAAGGCUCGAAUUGCCUACCUCUCUGCGUGUUCGACAGCAGAGAAUUCGUCCAACGAGCUUCUGGACGAAUCAAUCCACAUUGCAAGUGCGUUUCAGCUGGCUGGGUUUCCGCACGUUAUUGGAACGAUCUGGGAGGUGGGUGAUAAGACUGCAGUUAAAGUCAGUCGGCAAUUUUACGAGCUUCUGGGCCAACAGCUCAGAAAUGAUGGACAUUUGGGGGAUGUCGCCUAUGCUUUACAUGAAGCUAUUCAAGCGGUUAAGAGAGAGAGACCAAAGAAUACUCUUUCAUGGGCACCCUUGAUUUACUUUGGGGUUUAA